AUGGUCUCCAAUACUAUCAACUUCUCCGGCCUGAUGUGCCUUGCUCUUGCUCUCGGCCCUACCGCUGUCCUCUCUGCUCCCCAGCUUCCCGCUCUCCCACCUCUCCCAUUCCCCGAAAUCAUCCAUCACGGCCCCGAGACCACCAGCCAGGGCCCAGGCAACAGCCAGACGUCCGCCGGCAGCGGUGUCAAAGUUGGUAUUCCCGGCGGUCCUUAUGUGAAUGUCGGCGUCGGAUUCCUUGAUGCCCACCGCGGCCCAUGUGGCCCUGCCUCAGGUGAUGACCACAAUGCAGGCGCCGGUGUGUCCGUUGGCAUCCCCGGCGGCCCUAGUGUCAAUCUCGGCAAUGGCGAGCACCACCACCAAGACGGCCACCCUUGCCCUGAGCCUCCUGCCGUUGUGAUUGUGCCCACCACCACAGUCAAUCCUUCUGCCGUUGUUGCGCCCACCACCACAGUCAAUCCUCCUGCCGUUGUUGUGGUCCCCACUACUACUGCCAGCCCUCCCACUGAGAUCAUUCCUCCUGCUACUGAGAUUGUUACUCCUCCCGCUGCUGCUGUCACUCCCACCGCUGAGACUAUCAUCCCUCCUGCUUGGACUGCCAUCUCUGCCAUCUUCCCUCCCACAUUUACCACUCCUAUCUCCGUUCCCCUCACCACCGCCCCGGCCGCAUGGGCAUCCACUGGCCCUACCAUCCAGUUCUCCACCCCUCUAAUCCACCGCCCCGCGCCCACCGCAUCGGCCUCGCCUUCCGCCGUGCCUUCUGCGCCCAUUACGCCCGUUUUCAACGCAGCCUCAGCUCUAACUCCUGGAUCUGUCCUCGCUGUGGCUGUUCCAAUUAUCUUGGCUUUCUUCAAUUAA